AUAAUAAUCAUACCUAGUUCUAGUACUUUGCAAAGUCUGAUUCGAGCGGACCAUCAAAAAAGAAGCUGUAGCAUGUGCAUCGGCAGAUCCAUCAUCUGCAGAGAAUUUGACAGAAUCUUUUCCGAGGCCAAAAGCAGAAMUCAAAUAAACUACCACUUCUGCGGCUGCCUUWRAUCGGAUGCAAAUUUUUACGUCCAUCCAAAUUCUUUGUCGAUGGAGCUUCUCAUCACGUACUUCUUUAACGGCGAAAGAUCUAAAAGCCAGCAUCACAACAACCACUCAUAUUCCAAAAAAUCUGCAACUGGAUCAAAUCAGUCACGACCCUAACAACRACCAUCACUGACUGAUGACACACAAUGAAGGCACAUGGAACUAAAACGACGAAGACAAGUACAAUGAUGGCAUCCAAGCAAAACAGAUUCGGCGAUAGGCUUUUUGGAGCCCGCAAGGUGCUCUUGCCAUGUCUCAUACUUGUAGUGGCAGUKGUUCUGGCCUCUCCAACAAAAUGCCCAUUCGCUGUAGAGGCUACGGCUGUCGACAAGAAURCAAGCUCUUUGAGAGGCCAAUCCAUUCGAAGACACCGUCGUUCGGAAUCGAUUGCAUCACAAACGACGWACUCACAAACGACGAACUCAGAGAUACCAUUAUCCAAUAAUCCUUCAAAAGUUAGGCGAAAACUGCUGUCAAAAAAGCGCUACUUUGCAAGAUAUUCGGGAUCCGUCGGUCGAGCAUCGGUCCAGCGAUGUGCAAAAUCGAUUUUGGAAGACGACGAUGACACAGACUACACGGUUUUCGAAGUAGAUUUUGAAAUUGAAGUAGAURUCGACGCWGACAUUGGUAUCGAUGAAAUAAUGCAAAAAGGUCAUUUGGUGUAUGAUCAAGAUUUCAAUUACGACAUCAGUAGUGGCGGAAGCAGCAGCAAUAAUGAUGAUGUAGAAGGAUGCAUUUCCUCCCUUCGAAAGAUGAACGACAUUUURGAUGUGGAGGAGGAUCGUCGAGUCUCGCUAUUUCAGGAAUCAUUAGUUUCGCCGUCAUCGUCGACAGAGGGCUUCGAAGAGGGAUCUGAAGAAUUCCCAUGGAAUGUCGAGGCCAUCCAAGCCGAUUGGGUGCCACCGGGUUCCAACAAGGUGACAGUAUGGUAAGUAAUCACCUUCCUCUGUACGGUAUGGUAGUUMCCGCUCCAUACGAUACCUCGAAUUUKUAUCUAGGGGAAUAAUUUUUAUUYMGCCUUUUCAUUGGCUGCRCACUCCAGCGCGAGCAAGAUGAGAGGCGUCGACUGUAACGUGGAUGAAUUAUGAGAACAGAAGAGCAUCGAUUGAUGUCGAAAGCUAUGCCAUUGCGUUAUUCUAAGCAAAAUCUAAAGACUUCGUUGUUUUUUCCUUCCAACAACCCUCCCUUCCCUCUUGUAUUGAUCAUGGAUACAGUGUAGUUGAUACCGGAAUAGCUGCCAAUCAUCCUGGGUUUCCGUCAACGCCGUCCUCUACAGACCUAGGAGAGAAAGGAAUUUAUCGAAUAAAGGGAAAAGAUUUUCGAAAUCUCUCAUUUACCGGUGGAGCCAGUGGCACACGAUUGAUGAAAUGGAACCGUGACAUCAAUGGCCAUGGCACUCACGUGGCUGGGGUAAUAUUUAACGUUGUCGAUGCCAGUAGAUAUAUUACAGGGACGCCAAACAAUGUUGAGCUCUUCGUCGUGAGCGCCUUCGACGGAAACGACGUUGGAUACGAAUCAGACGUGGUACGUGCGGUACGAACAUGUGUUGGGGAAGCCAAAGCAGAUGUGAUAAAUUUGUCCCUCGGAAAUGUCUAUCCAUCAUCGUUCAGUGCUGCGUUGUAUGCCAGUAUUGUYGAGCAGGGUGGGGCAAUCAUGGUUGCAGCAGCUGGGAACAAGCACGAAGGCGCGGAAGACUUUGACUUUUAUCCAGCAUCGAUCCCGUCAGUCAUUAGUGUUGGAGCCGUCGAAAGAGGUGGAUCCCACUUUCCAAGUUCCAUUCGAAACAAUCAAGUUGAGCUUGUCGGGCCAGGUCACGAAAUCCUGUCCACCGGAGUGAGAUGGAAUGAAGAAAAAAGCGAGAUGGAAUACGUCUACGAGCGCCGAUCGGGAACAUCAAGUGCAGCUCCCCACGUGACCGGGGCGGUAGCCUUGCUCAAAAGCCACUAUCCCACAUGUUCCAGUCGACAGAUACGAUAUGCCAUGGCCAAGACCGCCGUUCGUAGCGAGAACAAGAAUUCGAACUCUAACUCGGAGGAGGAGAAAACAACAGAAUGUGACUCGGCAGAAGGAUACGGGAGUAUCCAGGUACGAGAUGCUCUCGAUUGGUUGUUGUUCAUGGGAGGGUGUGACUCAUGGGACGUUGAGUUGACAAGUCUUGGGGGAUGUAGCACSCUGUCGGGAGGAAUCGUACAAAUCAAACCAGAAGAUGAAUCAGAUGGUGGCUCCCAUGAACAAGAACCGSAAGAAAUGUCCACUUCAUUCCCUGAAGAAGUAAGUGCAGAUGCUGAAAAUGCAMACAAAACAGAGGAGGAUUCCAUCACAUCUCUAGAGCAACAAGUCACGAUUGAUCCUGAUGAGAUURCAGAAGAAACACCAGGAAAUUCUACCAUACCUUCUAAAAAUUUGGAAGAUUUGGAUGAAAAUACAGCARGACCUAUCGAAGAGUCCACCACAUCRCCUACAAAAAUAGAACUUUCUAAUGGAGGAACCAAAGAGCCACGAGAAGAUUCUACUAAAUCACCUGACCAAGAGUUUGAAGAUGAUUGUGACCACGGUAUAACUGAAACACCAAAUGAUCAAGAMUCCACAAUAUCACCAGUGCAAGAUGAAGAUUCUGAUGAAAAUAUAGCAAAAGAAUCAGAGGAACCUCCCAAAAAAGAAGACUCCGCAUUGCGGGGUUGGACACUUCCUAGGUUUGAUGACCCAUAAURUACAUCUCAUAGAAGAGAGAGCACAAAAUUACCAUUGCCAAUCUACAAUGACAACAGAAAAACUGUAUAACUAGUAUAUGAUUAUAAUGACACUAAAAUACUACCAAACUU